AUGUGGGGAUACUUGUCUCUGCUGCCCAUGUGCCUGGCCUUCUGGGCUAUUGCUGGCAUCUGGACCGUGUUCUCGCUGGCUGUGGUUAACAAGGCCGUGAACCUCACCGACGGCUUCCCCUACAUCAGUGUGUGUGGAAACGUGCCCCCCCAGAGCUGCAUCUUCAGCCAGGUGCUCAACGUCGGAGCCGCUUCGGCCGCCUGGAUCUGCAUUCUCCGUUACUACCAGCUUCGGGACUGGGGCGUCCGAAAGUGGCAUAACCAGGUGAUCCUGUGGACGGGGCUCCUCUGUGCCUUGGGCACCUCCAUAGUGGGCAAUUUCCAGGAGAAAAAUCAGCGGCCCACACACCUGACAGGCGCCUUCCUGGCCUUCUUCGUGGGAAUCUUAUACUUCUGGCUGCAGCUCUUCCUCUCCUGGCGGAUGAAGAACCUGCCCCAGCCUGGGGCUCCCUGGAUCGGGCCACUCCGCCUGGUGCUCUGCAGCACCUGCUUCGUCCUCGAGGUGGCCAUGGUCGUCCUGCACUCCUGGUCUAUGCGCUCCAUCUCGGCCAUCUGUGAGUGGGUCGUCGCCAUGCUGCUGUUCAUCCUCUUCGGCCUCCUUGCUGUGGACUUCUCCCGCCUGGACAGCUGCACCCUGUGUCUCCAGCCGGACUCUGGCAGCCUCCGCCCCCCGCCGGACUCCCCCACCUCCCUGCACGUCCAGCUGUGA